GUUAGAAUGAACAACCCGGUAGGUGGCGACAAAAACCUUGUUUACGUCUGUGUGUUUACACUGAUUGGUUGUUGAGAAGUUCGUUGAAUGAAGGGGGCGGUGUUUUACUCUCCGAGCCAUAUAAAAUCCCACGGUUGUAUUUUUGGACACGGCCUGAUCAGUCCAUGGACUGUAAAGUUUGAAUGUUUGGUUUUCCUGUAAAGUGUAAGUGUAUCGAUAGAUUAAACUACUAUAGGACAACUAUUGCAAACAUACAGACAAAUAAAAAUGCUUUGCCAUAUCACGCGACCGGACUCGAUGGUGAUGGAGGUGGAUGUUGAUUCGAAGGCUAAUGGAGAGGACUGUUUACACAAGGUCUGUCGGAAACUGGGAAUAAUAGAGGUGGAUUACUUUGGGCUUCAGUUCUGUGGAAGCAAAGGGGAGAGUUUGUGGUUGAAUCUCAGGAACAGGAUCUCCCAACAGAUGGAUAACCUGUCUCCCUGCAGACUGAAGCUCAGAGUCAAGUUCUUUGUGGAACCCCAUCUGACCCUGCAAGAACAGACAAGACAUAUGUUCUUCCUGCACAUAAAGAAGGAGCUGGACAGUGGCAGCCUGCAGAUGGAGGCUGAGCAGGCCAAGGAGCUGUGUGCCCUCCUAGCCCAGGCUGAGUAUGGAGACUACAACCAGAACACAGCCAAGUACUGCUCCAGCCAGAUCUUCAGACAGGAGCCUGACCUGGCAACCAUCAACAGCAUCCAGGAGAAGCACCGUGAGCUAGAGGGUCUGAGCCAGGCGUCAGCAGAGUACCAGGCCCUACAGCUGGUGUCCUCCCUGGAGAACUACGGGGUGGAGUGGCACUGGGCCAGGGACUCAGAGGGACAGAGGCUGGCUGUAGGGGUCGGCCCUGAAGGGGUAUCUAUCUGUCAGGAGGACUUCACCCCCACCAACAGGAUCAUUUAUCCCAUCAUCCAGAUGGCCACCCAGUCAGGGAAGAAUGUGUACAUGACCAUCACUAAGGACAGUGGUGAGGAUGUGGCCCUGCUGUUUAAGAUGACAAGCACCAGAGCUGCCAGCGGCCUGUACCGGGCCAUCACAGAGACCCACGCCUUCUACAGGUGUGACACGGUGACGAACGACGUGAUGAUGCAGUACAGCCGUGACUUCAAGGGUCACCUGGCGUCUCUCUUCCUCAACGAGAGCAUCGACCUGGGCAAGAAGUAUGUCUUCGACAUCCGACGCACCUCUAAGGAGGUCUACGACCACUGCCGCAGGGCGCUCUACAACGCCGGCAUGGCAGGGGACUGUGUGUCCGGCGAGCAGAGCCCGUCGCGGUCCCCUGGGGUGGGGGAAGGAGGCUGUGAGGGGUGCCAGAGGAGCCGGGUUCUGGAGGAGAAGCUGCAGCAGCUCCAGGAUGCUCUGCUGUGUAUGCUGUGCUGUGAAGAGGAGAUGGACGCUGCCUUCUGCCCCUGUGGACACAUGGUGUGCUGCCACAACUGUGCUGUCCAGCUAGAGGUGUGUCCGGUGUGUCGGUCAGAGGUGGACCAUGUCCAACACAUCUACCUGCCCACCUGUGCCAACCUGCUGUCCCUGGCAGUGAGCAGUGCUGCCCCCUUCAAUAUUCCCAGAGACCUGGCCACUCACCUCUGUUCCUCCAGAGAGUUCUACACCAGCACAGACCAGAUCUGUCACACGUAGAUUUACUUCCAAAUAGCUAUCAUUGCUAUCAUUGCUAACGUUAGCUAGCUAAAAAUCUGGAGGUCUCCCCUCAAUCUUAGCUAGCUGGCUAACGUUAGCUAGCUAAAAUCUGGAGGUCUCCCCUCAAUCUU